AUGUGGAAGUUUGUGGUAUUAUUUUGCUGUAUCGCCGAUGUUUUAGGCGAUGGAUCGCGUGUUGUAAAUAUAACUCAAGGACCAGUGCGCGGACGCCUGCUUCCUGGUGGGGGCGUCUACGGAUUCUACAAUAUUCCUUACGCGUCUGCCCCAACAGGAGCUGACAGAUAUAAGGCACCUCGUCCUCCACCCACAUGGCUAACAACAUUUGAAGCUGAAGAUCGCAAGAUUAUGUGUCCGCAACGUUUUGCCAGUGGAACUAUGAACAUCCAGGAAGACUGCCUUGUGGUCAACGUGUUCAUCCCCGACACAGAGGAGACUAAUUUACCUGUACAUGUUGAACAUCCAGGAAGACUGCCUUGUGGCACUGAAGCUGCUCCCGGUAAUGCGGGACUGAAGGAUAUGGUAGCACUUCUUCGUUGGGUAAAUACUAACAUUGCUAGUUUCGGAGGUAAUCCUGAUGAUGUGACACUAUCUGCGUGCAGUGCUGGAUCUGGUUCGCUAGAUUUCCUGACUGUAUCGAGUCUUACCAAUGGCCUUUUUAAGAAAGUGAUUCAGGAGAGUGGUACUGUUAUCGGUGCUGUUGCAGCACAAGUUGAUCCCAUCCAAAAUGCUAGGAACUACGCUGCGGUACUAAACUUCGACAACGUCAAUGAUUUGAACAGUUUAGAAGAAUUCUAUAAAAACGUUAGCAUCCAGCAGCUAAUUUCACGAACUGACGCUAUAAUAAAUAACGAAGGCGUUACUUCACGAUUUGGACCGUGCGUAGAACGUGAUAAUGGACAAGAAAUAUUUUUAUCAGAUGCUCCCAUGAAUAUAUUGUCACAAGGGAACUAUACAAAGGUGCCUCGGAUAUAUGGCUUUACAAAUAUGGAUGGUUCGGUGAGAUUCUCUGUUUUCGAUACAUGGAAGGAAAUGAUGAACGAAAAGUUUUCAGAUUUUUUACCUUCAGAAUUACACUUUGAUAGUGAAGAAGUAAAAGAGCAAGUUGCCGAGAGAGUGAAACAAUUCUAUUUCGGAGAUAAUCCCGUGAGUGAACAUAAUUUUCUGUCUUACAUUUAUUAUAAUACUGAUGUACUUUUUGCAUACCCAAUGUUAAAAACACUUUCAACUCGUGUGGGAGCUCUAGAAGAUUCGAUAUAUUUAUUUGAAUACUCUUUUGUGGAUGAAAAUUCACCAGUUUAUCCAUUAACUGACGAAGUUGGUGCCAGACAUUGUUCUCAAGAAAGGAUAGUCUCAGACGGAGAUCUCACUGGUGCUACAGAAGAAUAUAAGCGAAUGCAAGAAAUUAUGAGAGAGUAUUGGAUGAAUUUCAUUUCCAAUGGUUACCCAUCAUCCAGUGACCCCAGUUUGCCUACAUGGAGACCUGCGAAUGCUCAAAGAUCUCCUCACAUGUCUUUGGGUCGAGACAUAGUGCUGAAGGAAAGCAGCCCUAUUCCUGAGAGAGCUGCUCUUUGGGAUGAGAUAUUUGAAGAAUAUUUCCGAGGUCCUAUUAUAGACACGAACCCUGCACCCCUUCCUCCACCGGUUUGGAUGUCACCGCUCGAUGCUGUAAACAGAAACAUCCGCUGCCCGCAGCCCAACGUACUAGAGCACACGCAGGAAGAUUGCCUGGUUGUCAACCUGUUCGUCCCCGAUACCACAGACACCAAUCUAUCCGUCUUGGUGUUUAUCCAUGGAGGAGCUUUUCAGAAUGGCCACGGGUUAUCUGCGCAGUAUAAAGAAUUAGUGCAAACGAAGAAAUUAAUAGCAGUUUCAUUUAAUUAUAGAAUAGGUGUCCAUGGCUUUCUAUGUCUUGGUACUGAAGGUGCUCCUGGCAAUGCAGGUAUUAAGGAUCAGAUAGCAUUAUUACGUUGGUUGAACUCCAAUAUUGCCAGAUUUGGAGGCAAUCCAGAUGACGUGACGUUAAUUGCCUGCAGUGCAGGUUUAGGUUCAGUAGACGCCUUAACACUUUCUAGUGCUACAAAAGGUCUAUUCCAGAAAGCCAUCAUGGAGAGUGGCAGUAGCACAGGAGCUGUCGGUGUAGUAAUUGAUCCCAUCCAAAAUGCUAAAGAAUUACGCUAA